CUCCUCCCUCCAGACUGCUUCUCCUCUAAAGGGGAGGACAGGUUGUUCAGGAGGCUGUUCCGGAGUUACAACCAGUUUAUCAGGCCGGUGGAGAACGUCUCAGACCCCGUCACCGUGGAGUUUGAGGUUUCCAUGUCACAGCUCGUAAAAGUGGAUGAAGUGAAUCAGAUCAUGGAGACAAAUCUGUGGCUGAGACACAUCUGGAACGACUACAAACUGAGCUGGGCCCCAGUAGAGUUUGAUGGGAUUGAGUUCAUCAGAGUUCCAUCCAACAAGAUCUGGAGACCUGACAUAGUGCUUUAUAACAAUGCUGUGGGAGACUUCCUGGUUGAAGAUAAGACCAAAGCUCUGUUGAAGUUUGACGGUACAGUCACCUGGGUUCCCCCCGCCAUCUUUAAGUCCUCCUGCCCCAUGGACAUCACCUACUUCCCCUUCGACUACCAGAACUGCUCCAUGAAGUUUGGCUCCUGGACCUACGACAAGGCCAAGAUCGACCUGGUGCUCAUUGGGUCAAAGGUCAACCUCAAAGAUUUCUGGGAGAGCGGCGAGUGGGAGAUCAUCGAUGCUCCAGGCUACAAGCACGACAUCAAGUACAACUGCUGCGAGGAGAUCUACCCAGACAUCACCUACUCCUUCUACAUCAGACGCCUGCCUCUCUUCUACACCAUCAACCUCAUCAUCCCCUGUCUCCUCAUCUCUUUUUUAACAGUCCUGGUCUUCUACCUGCCCUCCGACUGCGGAGAGAAGGUGACCCUCUGUAUCUCUGUCCUCCUCUCCCUCACUGUGUUCCUUCUGGUGAUCACUGAGACCAUCCCGUCCACCUCCCUGGUCAUCCCCCUCAUCGGGGAGUACCUCCUCUUCACUAUGAUCUUUGUCACCCUCUCCAUCGUCAUCACCGUGUUCGUCUUGAACGUCCACUACCGUACACCAAUGACCCACACCAUGCCGGGCUGGGUCAGGUCCGUCUUCCUCAGGGUGCUACCAAGAAUCAUGCUGAUGAGACGGCCCAUAGACCAGGACGGCAAGGCCCUCUGUUCAGACAGCGGGGAGGAGCGAGGAGCAGGAGGAGGAGGAGGAGGAGGUGGAGGAGGGAAAGGAGGAAAGAAGAGAAAGAAUAGUCUGACGCAGGGAGGGAACUGCCUGGAGUUCGGAGACAACAAACUGACUGAGGGAGGAUGUGGAGAAAGAGGGGGAAAGAAGUGCCCUUGCCCCUGCCAACAUGGGAAGGAGACCCCAGAGACAACAGAUCCGGGGAAACUGAGCCGCCAGCUGAGUCCUCAGAGCAUCAACACGGUGGUGGCCUUCUCCGUCCUGUCCCCGGAGAUUAAACAGGCCAUCGAGAGCGUCAAGUACAUCGCCGAGAACAUGAGGAGCCGCAACAAGGCCAAAGAGGUGGAGGAUGAUUGGAAGUACGUUGCCAUGGUGAUAGACAGAAUCUUCCUGUGGGUGUUUGUGACGGUGUGCAUCCUCGGAACCCUCGGCCUCUUCCUGCAGCCUGUCAUUGGCUUCCUGUCAUAA